AUGAAUCGUUAUAUGUGCAAUGACACUUCACCUAAUUCUUAUUUGAAUGCAACAGCUUAUGUUAUUCAGAUAAAAUUAGUGUUAGCAUCCAUUUAUGUUUUACCUGUAAUCUCGUUGAUUGGAAAUUCAUUAACCAUCAUCGUUCUUCAAACAAAUCAACAAUUAAAUCGUUCAUCGUUUGCUGUUUAUGCCAAAACAUUGGCUAUAUCAGAUACACUCGUAUUAUUUUGUAAAUUAUUAUCAUACGAAAAUAAGCGACACCAACGUCCGUUUAAAUUUUUAUGUAUUGCAUUUCAAUUUUUAGCCGAAUCGGCUGUUCUUGUAUCUGUAUGGACAGUUGUUUUGAUUACAACUGAACGAGCAAUAAUUGUUUUAUUCCCACUUCAUAUUAAAAAAUUUAUUAGUGGCUAUCGUGCAAGAGUAUUAGUGAUUUUAUCAGCUGUAUUAAUCACCAUAUCAUCAUCAAGAUUACUAGUUAUCAAAAUGGAUAAAAAUAUUAACACACGAUGUCAACCUCGACAAGAAUGGAUACGUUAUAUUGAAAUAAGUUUAAGAAUAACAGAAUUUGCUUAUAUAUAUAUUCCAUUAACAAUUAUUACCGUUGGAAAUUGUCUCUCAUGUUGGACAUUGAGGCGUGCUUUAAACGAACGACGUUCAAUUCUAAAAUCUGCCAUAUAUAAACAUAAACGGCUAGAGACAAAUGAAAAUCAAUUAAUUAUUAUGUUGUUUAUUGUCACUGUUAUGUUUAUUUUCUACUUUAUGCCAUUUACAGUUAUGAGAAUUAUACCUCGUACAGGAUUAUUUGGCAAAUGUUUUACAUCAAGUGGUUUUUCAUCAUAUUUAUUAAUACGAACACUAUGUGAAUUUAUGAAAGAUUUAAAUUUUUGUUCACAUUUUUUUAUUUAUUGUAUUAGUGGACGAAGUUUUCGAAACGCACUUGGUUCUUUGAUCAGAGAAAAAAUAAUGAGGAGUUUGAUAAAUAAACCAAGAACGAUUGAUAAACUUUUAAAAACUAAAGAUGUAAUAACUGAACUCUAA